AACAAAGUGCUGUUUGUAGUUACGCGGCAGUGGUUCAGUGCAGUUGUGCUAUCAGAGCAUCCUUAGUUUAAAUUGUGCCGCGUUUGAAGUCGUAGUUUACCUUUAUGAUAGGCCAAGAAUGCCAAGAAAAAUAAAGUGAAUUAAUAACUAAAACUAAAUUAAUGCAAGUUCUUACUUUCCAAAUUUGUGUGUGUAAUACAUAUUGAUACGAAAAACUUGCAGUGAAAGUGGCCUACAACAAAAAGAUCAAUUAAAAUCAAUUUGAUUCAAUUUGCAAACGGCGCGCUUGUAUGCUGGCGUAUAAAUCUUAAUGCGCACAGUUCUCAAAACCCAUACAUUCAUAAAUACCAACGAAUGAGUGCAUUUAUGUUUACAAUUGCACUAUAAUAUUUAGUGCUUACAACUUCUUUGCAUUGUGGACAGAAUAUUCGAAAUAAUUAACAACGUUUUGCUUCAUAUUUCAUAUAAAAUAGUUUUAUUUUAAAAAGUCUACACAAUGACUGACGAAAGUUUACACACAAUACCGUUGGAGCACAACAUUGACUAUCACAUUAUGUCACUUUUCGAGCGUCUGGAAGCGAUGCGAAAAGACUCGCAUGGCAAUGCCAUCAACAACCGGCUUUCAAGCACCCUGCAACCGAAACGCAAUAUGCAGGGCGAAGUACGGACUUUGGAAUUCUGGAGAUCGAUCAUCAGCGAAUGUCUGGCGUCAUUUUUCUACGUGUUCAUCGUUUGUGGGGCGGCAGCCGGUGCUGGCGUUGGUGCCAGCGUUUCUUCAGUGCUGCUGGCUACCGCUUUGGCUUCUGGAUUGGCUAUGGCUGCAUUAACACAGUGCUUUAUACACAUAUCGGGUGCCCACAUAAAUCCGGCUGUAACAUUGGCAGCAUGCAUCAUUCGAGCCAUAUCACCAAUUCGUGCUGCCAUGUACAUAACGGCACAAUGUGGUGGCGGCAUUGCAGGAGCGGCAUUGCUUUAUGGUGUUACCGUGCCUGGUUAUCAGGGCAAUCUACAGGCUGCAAUAUCUCACAGCGCCUCAUUGGCCGCCUGGGAACGAUUCGGUGUGGAAUUCAGCCUGACUUUUGUCGUUGUACUCACUUAUUUCGUUUCAACCGACUCCAUGAAGCGUUUCAUGGGCAACUCAGCCAUCACAGUGGGGUGUGCGUACAGUGCAUGCAGUUUCGUUUCUAUGCCUUAUUUAAAUCCGGCUCGUUCGUUGGGUCCAUCUUUUGUACUGAAUAAAUGGGAUAAUCACUGGGUCUAUUGGUUCGGUCCACUUGUUGGCGGCAUGGCGUCUGGCUUGUUAUUCGAAUAUGUUUUCAGUACGCGUCGCAACUCACGUGUACACAAACCAAGUGUCGAUAACGACUCUUCCUCCAUACAUUCCGAAGAUGAAUUAAAUUACGAUGUGGACGUUGAGAAGCCACACAUGCCAGUCAAAUAUCCUCAAGGUACAUAUCCCCGUGGACAGACGAGCGCCAAAACUGCGGUCGCAAGUAACACUGGCACCAUUCCUGGUGCAGCGAAUUAUUGCCAGAAUCUGUACACAGCACCGCCGUUGAAUAAAUUCGAUCAGCCAGAGCCAUUAUAUGGAGGCACACGUUCCCUGUACUGCCGCUCGCCCACACUCACACGCACCAACCUCAACCGCUCACAGUCUGUAUACACCAAGAGUAACACAGCUAUUAAUCGGGAGAUUGUACCACGUCCGGGCCCGUUAGUACCGGCACAAAGUUUAUAUGGCAUGCGUAUGACACAAACACAAACGCAGGCGCAGUCGUCACAUUUGCAAAAUCAGAAUGUACAGAAUCAGUUGCAGCAGCGUUCAGAGAGCAUAUACGGCAUAAGGGGUUCAACAAGGCAAUCACAACAACAGCAGCAACAACAACAACACCAACAACAGCAACAACAGCAACAGCAGCAUCAGCAAUCUCAUCAGCAGCAGUCACAACAGCAGCAUCAACAUCAUCACCAACAGCAACAACAUCAUCAACAACAACAGCACCAUCAACAUCAACCAGCCCAACAACCUCAACAUCACCAACCACAACCCAACAGUCAGGAUGGUCAACAGGGCUUUCAGCCGGUAUAUGGCACACGUCAUAAUCCUAACCCAGUCGAUGGUAAUGUGAAAUACGAUCGUCGGCCCGAGUCAGCUUACGGCAUGGCUAUGCAUCGAAAUCGUGGCCAAUCCGCACAAUCGGAUGACAGUUCAUAUGGAUCAUACCAUGGCUCAGCAGUAACCCCACCGGCACGUAAUCCAAAUAGUGGUGAACCGAUGCUCAUGUAUGCCCCACCACCGCCAAUGCCAUCGAGUCAUUCCCAAGUCAUUGCGCCACCGCCAAUUCGUACUCAGUCAGAGCGCAAAGUAACGGCACCAGUUGUGGUGUCUCAGCCGCCGCAAAUCACAACCGGCGUAGUCACAUAUUCGGCGGGUGCCGGACAAGGUAUGCCACCACCACCACAACAGACCACGCAACAAUCGCAGCAGCAACCACCGCCACAACAGCAGCAACAGCAAACGCAACAACAACAACAAAUCUUAGUUCAGCAACAUCAACCCACACAACAGCAACAACAACAACACUAUGGCAUGUUGCCAAUGCGGAGCAAUUGAAAUAGGAGUUUACGCGUUGCCAACGCCAAGGACUAUAUGAACGGAAGUUUAUAGAUUAAAUGCUCGAGACUUAUAUGUAAAUACUAUAUUUAUAAUAUUUAUAUGUAUAUUGUUCGUGAAUUGAGCAUUUCGAAAAAUACGACUGCGUACCCUACGUAUGUAUGUAUGGUAUGAAAGUCGUGUAUUUCAAUAUGAGGCAUAUUGCCUGAACUGUUUUAAAUUGUUCGAAAAGUUGAAAACUACUUUAGAAAUACAUAAGUAUAUGUUGAACACAGGGACUUUAGUAAAUAUGUAAAUAAAUAACUAAUAGCUCA